AGCAACGGAGCACAAGUAAAACGGCCAACAGCAGUCAAGCAAACGAACUAAAUGACAGUCAACAAGCUGGCUAACCAAGUGUUUGGUCACAGUCGCUUAUUUAGAACAUAACAGUUUACCGGUGGCGGCGGACAGUAAAUAUACGUGCGCGCAUUUCGUAUUUUUCCUUGCUAACCAACUUUCAAACUCGACUGUUUUAACAACAACGAAUACGACCGACGUACGGUAAAAAAAUAGCAAAAUUCAACAAAAAAAGCAAACGCGCGUUGCUUCACAAUUCGAGUUCUGAGCGCGGCGACUAAUAAAAACGAGUUAUGAACAUUUCCUUUGCCUAUAGAAGUCUAUUUGUUAUUGUGUUACAAUUUGUUGUGUGAAAAUAUUAGCAAAAAUAUAAGUUAAGUGGCGCGGCAAAAAGGUUAAAUCUAAUGCGGAAAAUUCUUGUGACGUUGGACGUAUUUUCCAAGCCCCUUUGUAUUGGCAGCGAAGAAAAUAUUACUAAAUUAAAUAAUACAUGGCAAUUUUCUAAAAUGAUUAGCGCGCAAGCAAGAGAAAAAAGAAAAAUAAUAAUAAUAAAUCAAACUAACAGAAGCAAUUAAGUACCUUUAACAAGCAGCACUGCAAUUAAACUUGUGUGAACUCGGCGGCGCUCCGCUUCAGCAACACCACAACGACGGUGCUUUUGGUCACUAACUUUACGUGAGAGUUGACGCGCGGCACGACGGGGGCUUAUUAGAGACCACGAAUUGAGUGGCGCCAUACCAUAAUAAUUAUAAUUAUUUACAAUUACAAGAACUGUAGCUGUGUAACUGUAAAAUAAACGAACGCGUUUAAGCUCAAAAGCUAUUGAAGCUUGCCGCGCUACCAAAUAAAUUGCCAUACCACGACGGCAUUUACAUAUGGACAUAGUUCCGUUCAAUUUAUGGCGAGUGCGUGUGCGUCUUUAAUACAACACAUCAGUAGCGCGCGCAUGUAAUUAACACUUUGGCUAUAGAUUUAGCACGCAAGCCGUUUAGCCGAUAAAUAUUUUUGGCAGUAAUAUCAAUUGUGAAUUUAAAAGAGUGAAAAUCUAUAUAUAAGGCGCUCGGAAAAGUUGGCGCGAAAGGAGUUGAUAACUGGAAAGGAAAUUUAGUAUUAUAAUCAAUCUACAUACAUACAUACAUGCAAUGAUAACAAAAAUACUAUACGCGAAAUUUUCUUUCUAUCAUUCAUUGUGUCCAUCACAUCCAAGCAACCUCUAUGCGCUUUAGCUUCCCUAAUAUUUUCUGUUAUCGUUGUCUGCUGCCGAGUGCAGCAGUCCUGUGCCCAACAGUCAUUUAAGACGAUUCCGCACGAGUUUUCUAUUCAUUCACAAAUCAACUCUCGUGCGCUAUUGUUGUCUCGGCUGCCGCUUGCAUGUGAAAUUCAAUUUUUAAAGUCACAACUCAUUCAUGAAGCGCGCAGCGCAGGCCGUCGUUACUCGAAGUGAAUGCUGAUUGCUACAAGUGAUUGUGUGAAAAAAUUGUAAUAACAUGAAAUAUGAAAACUAAUACUUAAACAAAAACAACAUGUUGCAAAAUAAUAAAUGAAAUUAUAAAGACGAUUAAUAAAACGCAAAAAUUUAAUAAUAUACGAAUAAUAAAAAAAAGCCAGUCGCAAUUUUUCCUCGUCUAUGUUCACCGCGCGCUGUAAUUAACGGUUGUAAAAUUGAUGAAAUGUGCAUGAGAGAGUAAUAAUAAUGGCAUUACAAUCGGAUUCAAGAGUUACAAAUGUACGAAUACACGGCGACAAAAAGGUUUAGAAAUAUAUGUACGUACUUAGUCGGUCAACACGGUGUGCGCCCGCGCGCUUAGACGUAUCUAUGUCUGUACAUCCGAUAGCCAUCUACACAUUCGCGCCACGAAAUUACGUAUAAACAAACGCGUAUGCGCCCGCAAAAUAGUUGCGUUUAAUAGUGAUUUGCAAACCAGCGAGCAGCGACCAACAACGCAUAGCAAAGUCAGGCACUCAAUCAGCUAGAACGAGCCAACCAACCAUCCAGCCAAGCUGGGCGAAACGCGCUGUCGAACGGCGGCGUAUACAGUUUGGGAUUGCCCGCGUGUCUGCGAGUGCGACGAAGGCGAUUACAAACGAUUCAAAUUUGAGCAGAUAUCAAUCCACAUGCUGAGCAUAAUUAAUUUGCCGUAUGCCAUUUGUGCCGGGCAGUGAGUACUAGUGUGCCAUAAUCGUAGAACCUCGCCAGAUACCUUGCACAAGCAUACAUACGAAAGUCGGGUAUACGAAAGUCGAUCGCUGAUCGUGGCUGUUCCUACUGGUAGCGUCUGCUACUGUGCUGCUACAUACAUAUGUACAUAGCUACAUAAGUACUUUUUAUAUUUAUUGUGCAUGCAUUUAGCCGUACAUACUAUGGAUGUGUGUAUGAUUUCCAUAGGAUUGUAGAUAUGCUCACGCGCUUGCUCUGAAUAAUGCCAAUACAUAUACAUACAUAUGUACGUGCGUAGCGAUCGAUGUUGUACAGCAAAAUUCUACAAAUAAGUAUUAUAAGCGACAAAAGGCAUAAAAUUAACAAGAACAACAACCAUCAGCACCAAAAGUAAGCUGCUCCACCUCGCAAUGCUAUCGAGUAUAUUCGCAACAACUGGGAAAUACUAUACGAUUAUGUUGAAUGAUGAAUGAAAUAUGGCUGCCAUUCGCCAGUGAAAUUAUUAAAACUCUCAAAUUUUGGAUAUAUUGCUGUUAAUCAAAUUGAAGAUUCGCCUUCAUCGUAUUGGAGUCUGGAGUGUGUGUAUAACUAUGUACUUGUAAAUUCAUGAAUCAGCUGCUAUAAAAACUGUCUGUCCUUCGGUGGGAUUAAGUGGAUAAAACGCUUUUCAUACGAAAAAGCACUUAGUGCAUCAGAGACUCAUUCACCAUCCACCACUUUGCGCAAAAAAAGGAGUGUACAUAAGUAAGCCGUAAUGAGGUUAUAAAACAGCAACAACCAAAAUUCAACCCACUGAAAUGAAAAGACGCUCCAAAGUUUCGCUAUAAAUCGUAUAAUUCUUGUAAAAUACAAAAAGGAAUAAAAAAACAGUGCAAAGCCAUCCGAUGAGAAAAACCCUUGCAAUGAACAAGAAAGGGCGAAGCUGGCAAAAGCCGCAACGACGGCAACCAAAUCAACGACAGCAUGUAAUUAAAACAACAACAACAGCACAAACCACAACAGCAACAACAACACCAACACUGUUGACAAUGGACAACGAAUUCGUGCGCGCAAUGACAGUUGUUGCAGACAACAGUGAUGCUGUUGGUGCUGCUGCUGCAGUUGUUGCAGAUGAUGGCAAGAAGUUUGACUGUUGUUGCGCAAGUGAGGAACUCUGCUCCAGACACGUGCAACGACAACGUCAACGACAGCGACUAUGGCCCUCGCAACUGCAACAGCAAAAACAAAACCAACUAGAGAAACAACAACUAUGUGAGCAACGUGGUAAACGACAUCUGCGACCGUGGCCAGGACAACGGCCAAAGUUCAGCUCAUGGCUACUGACAACUGUGCUCAUCGUUGCCAUUUGCCUAGUGCAGGGGGCACAGGCGGACAAUUUGUCUGGGAAUUUACAAUCGUGCUCCAAUGAAGGUGAAGAAGUUCAAAUCCAAGAAUUAAUAAAAUGGAACUCAAAGUGCUUUAAAUGCGCCUGCAAGAAUGGUUUUGUUAACUGUGACAAGGAAAGCUGUCCAUCCAUCGAUGACUGCUAUUUGUUGGAUCGCAAAACCCCAGACACAUGUUGUAGGAAAUGUAAAGGUUGUAUUUUUCGCGGCACACCGUACCCAAGUGGUUCUGAAUGGGCCGAUCCCGAAGAUCCCUGUAAAACAUAUAAAUGCGUUGCCAGUGUCGUCACCGAAACGACAAUGAAAUGCUUCAAUCAAUGUGAUGACGAACUCGUUAUACCGCCAAAGCAAGGCGAAUGCUGUCCCACAUGCCAAGGUUGUAAGAUUAAUGGACAAGUUGUAGCCGAGGGUCAGGAGGUAGUCGGCUCUAUAGAUGAUCGCUGCAUGGUGUGUCAAUGUUCGAAGAAUAAGCUCACUUGUGCCAAGAAAACGUGCCCAAUACUGCAAUGUCCCAUCUCAAAGCAGACACAAAAUCCCAACGAAUGUUGCCCGCGUUGCACCGAACAUCGUGAGUUCAUGCCUGUAAUUGGCAAAUGCAUUUUCAACAACAAGGUCUACUACGACAAGACCCAGUUUAUGCCCGAUCGUUGCACUAACUGCACCUGCAGCAACGGCACAUCGGUCUGUCAGCGUAACACCUGUCCUAUAUUGGAAUGUUCGCCUGAGUAUCAGGAAAUGGAUGGCUGCUGUCCACACUGUAUCACGUCCGAAGUGCGCAACGAAUGCAUACACAGCGGUAUCACCUACAUGAACAACGAAACCUGGAAUUUGGGUCCAUGCCGCUCAUGUCGUUGUACUGCUGGGAAUAUACGCUGCUCCGAGAUGCGUUGCCCGCCAGUGAAAUGUCGCUCGAACGAAGAGAAAAAAACGUUGCCGGGUGAGUGUUGUCCGCGCUGCAUAGAGACCGCUGGUACUUGCACUGUCUUCGGUGAUCCACAUUUCAAAACUUUCGAUGGCAAAUUCUUCAGCUUCCAAGGUUCGUGCAAGUAUCUGUUGGCUGCCGAUUGUCGCGACCACACAUUCUCAAUACGUCUGACAAACGAUGGACGCGGCACGAAACGUUCCUCAUGGGCGAAGACGGUCACGCUGAAGAUGCAUGGCAUGCGCGUCAAUUUAGGGCAAAAACUGCGCGUAAAAGUGAAUGGGAGUCGUGUACUGCUACCCUAUAAAGGUACACCCGAAAGCUCUAUUGUGAGCAUCGAACGACACGGUGACAGUAUAUUACUGCAAACCGAUUUGGGGUUAAGUCUCGAAUGGGAUGGAAAUAACUUUCUGCAAUUGACUGCACCUGCCUCAUUCAAGCAAAAGCUAUGCGGUCUAUGCGGCAACUUUAACGGCAUUGGACGUGACGAUCUCACUAGCCGCGAUGGCAACAAUCACACGGACGCCGAGGUGUGGCGUUUCGCGAACUCAUGGAAGGUGGGCGGAUCGAAGGCGUGUUCACGGCGUGUGGACAAACUGGCAGCGCGGCCAAAUUGCAAGCAACGUCAAGCAAAUGCGUACUGUCGUUGGCUGCGCGAAUCUGAAGUAUUUGGAAACUGUGAUAAUAGACUAAAUCCCAAUAACUAUUUUGAUGCUUGCAAGAUGGACGUAUGCGAAUGCCCGAACGGCAUGUGUCACUGCGACAGUUUCGCCGCUUAUGCGCACGAAUGCCGACGGCUGGGCGUGCAGGUACCGGAUGAAUGGCGCAAGCGUACCAAAUGCCCGGCGGGCAUGUGGCGACGCAAUGUAACCAAAAUGGCACUACCGCCUUGGCAGCCCCAUCAACGAGGAGGAGGCGGCGGCGGUGGUGGCGGUGGUGUAGGGCAAGCGCGUCGACGCAAACAACAAUAUGACUUGCAACUACAUCUGCAGCAAUUGCAAAAGGAAAAUAAUCAAUUGCUAUUGCAACAGCAACAACAAAACUUCAUGUCCAAGCAUGUGCCGAAGAGUCUGCUGGUGCACAAGUCACCGAAUCGAACGCCGCCGCCGCUGCACUGAAGUGGCGUGCGCGACGUCUUACAAAGUGCAUACACACAUACAUAUAAACAUUCAAAACUAACGCUACGCUAGGCUAUGAAAAAUAUUUCCAUUUACAAAGAAAUAUUUAAAGUUUUAAAAUAACUCCAAUUAAUUUGUAGCGAAAACAAAGGAAAGCAUAUUGCUUCAGUUACUAGUUUAGGCGUGAAUAUGUUUUUUGUGUUUUUGUUUUGCAUGCAAGUGUGAGUGUUUUCCUCUUUUUUAACUAAAUUAUAUUGUAUUUAUAUUUAAGUAAGUGUAGUUGUAAGUUUUACUUUGUUUUUCUAUGUUAGUAGCAUAUUUUUGUAUUUUACAAUAAGAAUUUUAGCGAAAUUUACGUAUUUCAACCGUAACGGUUCCUACUCACAUACCCUACAUGGUAUACAUUUGCAUGUGCAUGCUGCGGCAUAAGCACAAAAGUAGGCACUUAAGUGCGCAUGCACGUCGCACUUGGGUAUGAACAGCGUGAAUGUCAUGCGCGAGUCAAGGUAAUGCGUUCUGGACGCUGCCACAUCGGCGCACUAUAUUCGUCCAUUUGAACCACAGAGCUUUGCGCAAGUGCCACACUCCCAAAUGCUCUUUGCCUUUACUUUUAUGCGCCUUUGCGUGAAUGUGUGGCUGUAUGUUGCAGGUUUGAAUAUUUUCAUUUAUUUUAAUUUGUUUAUUUUUUUGUAUAGAAAUAUAUGCACAGUUACAUGCGUUUAUUGCUUUGAAAACAAAGUUUUCUUUUUGGUAGUGUGGACGUCAGCUGUCUGACUCAUACCUGCCACCGCAAUGCGUUCAUCGCAGGGACUCUACGAAUUUCAAUAGGCAGAUUCUUACACAUUUGAUUAAUAUAUAUAUGUGCUAAUAUGCGCUUAUACAUACAUACAGUUAAACAAUUUUAUAACUUUUUCUUCAUUUUGAACACUGAACACUAAUUACUAAUAAAUCCAUAAAAUUAAUCUACCCAUUCACCAUGGCAGAUUACCUACAAAAUUGACCAUCAGCUGUCAAUACUGUUGUGAAAGGUUUUUCUUCAUAGAAAUUAUUUUGGUGGAACAUUUCGGUGUUUUUGGUUUGUUUAAUUGCUAUUAACGAUAUGAAAAAUAUAUAUGUUUUCUUUGCCGGUACCCAUUUUAUUUAGUUUUUACUUUGACCUUUUUCUUUACACUCGUAAAAAAAAAGAUCUAUUACACAGAAAACCCAGGGUUGUAGGUCAAAAAGUAUGGUUAUUAUCUAGGAUUAUUUUUUAAUCUCAGAUUUUGGGAGAGAAUUUUUGUAUGGGAAAUCUCGCUUUUUAAUUACGGAUCGGGAGUUAAGCACGGAAAAGUAGAUCAUCUUCUUAUAUGUGAACGUAUUAUUAAUUCCCCUAAUUUAAGCGGAGUAGCGGAAAUUUUCGAUGGCAACAUUGCCGGGAAAUGUCAGUUAACAGCAAUUGUGAAUGAAAAAUAAUCAGACUUUUAAAAGGAAGAACAAGAAAGACUGAAUGCUAUGCUAGUUUGCACCAACACUUUCGAAAUUACAUUAAUUGUUUUGAUAUUUCGGAGCAGUUUAAAUAAAUAAUUAUUUCUUAAUAUCAGGGCAACUAUUAGCGGUAUUUGUUGCCUGCGGUCCAUCUUUUACUGACAAAGCUAUCCAAUAAACAAAUCAGCUGUUCAGUAAUCCGCGUAACAACUGUCUGUCACGCUACAAUUACAAUCAGAUUUAACUGCGCCGGUAAUCCCGAUUAACUCCGUCGUCUGUUUAGGUUAUUACACUGCAAUUCAAAAAUUUCCUAACAUUUUCUUCACAUUGACACUAAACACAUCUUAUGAUGGCAUGGGGUAGUCUCAAAAGUGGCAGAAGUAACAAAAUGAAGCAACUUAAGAUCAUUGUUUUAUUUUUAAAAUGCACUUUAUUAGCCCACAUAGGUGAGAGUUUGGUCAAUAAUCUUUUGUUAUUUUUCGGGCACCUCUAUCAAUGUAGAAGUGCCCGUUUUUUUUUAUUGAAAAACCUAGUUAAAGUACAGUUUUGCAUUCCUGAAUUCAAAUUUACUCCAUUAGAUGGAUAAGGAAACAGUGUAUGAUCUCAUCUAACUAACAAAGUAAGUUUUAUUAAUCGGAAAGUUAAACUAUUCACAACUUUAAAGUGUCCUUAAAAGGGUAACGCCAUUUUAGCGGUCUGAAAAAAAAUACUUCAAAUUUUUUUUUUGUUUUGUGGAAGGAAAGACGAUAGAAACAUAGCACUUGAAGUAUUUAUCAAACAUAUGUCAAUAUAUAUUACAAAAACAAUGUAUCUGAAAAUUUUACAAAAUGCGACACUGCACUCACUAUAACUGGUGACAAUUUGAAUCUGAAAAAAAUAUAUAUUUACAAACUAAUAUACAGUAGCGGACACUAAAAUCUGGACCUUGACAAAUAUUUUAAUAAUAAAUCAGUACAAAUAAAGGGAAUAAAUGAUAAAAACAUUAUCAUUUAGUUGGCCCACCAUUUGCUUUGAUAACAGCAGCAAUCCUCUCGGGCAUACUGCGUACAAACUUCACACAUUCGGCUGUACUUAUGGCGCUGCACCCGCCAUAAUGGGGAAGGAAGUCUUUUAUUUUCGAGAGGGGAAUCUUUCAUAGAUACAGUCACAUAAACGGCAUUCCCCUUGCUAAAGGUCCAUCUCAUUCGCCCAGACCACGCCCAGUCCGUAAUUAUCUUACUGUGCUGGACUUGCAAAACAGUACGUCUACGUACUAAACCCUGAAGUCCGUCUACUGCACCACUCUCCCUUCAGUACUACUUCAACGUAUUACUUCGCAGGGCUGGUUAGCUUCGUUAAUAUCUACAUAGGUAUAUCCGCUAUGGCUUCCCGCCUGCUCAAUGCAUCUUAGCUCUCCUUGAGUUCUUGUAACGAAUGUAGCUACUUCCUCUCACUUUUCUUCCGACUCCAUAACAUAGCUAUGUCUGUUGCAUUUGGAAGUCUACUUUCUGCCGUAAACCGUGAGCAGUGGAAACUAACUUAUUCCACGUCUUCUUCAACAUUGGUGCACCCUUACUGGAGGGGUUCCAUCGGUCUUGACAUCUUUUUAAUGAAGCAAGUCUGUCCUCUGCUCUAACAGUUUUUUUUCUGUAACUUCUGCAUAUCUACCAUAGAUUCGUUUCAUCUCGCUUGCGAGUAUAUUCACUGGUAUCAUGCCAGCGCAACGACGCAUCAUCCGAUAUGGUUCUGUAACCGCAACACGCCCUUAAGUCACUUAUCCUAUAUACAGACAACAACUUUCUUUUGUUUUCCUUCAGUUUCGCCGCAUUUAGCUGAGGCUGCUUACCGAGGACCGAGGAGGACGGAAAUAGCUAUAUUCACCAGCAUUUUCGCCUGAUUGACUUUGGAUCAUCUAUGAGAGUACCGCUUGGAUGCCCCCGUUUUCUCUAUAGCGUAGUUAAUAUUAGCCCUAAAAUUUUGUCUACAGUCUAUUACGACGCCUAGGUAUUUCAGUGCGGAUUGAGACGUAUAGUUUGCUCCCCCACUCUGAUUCUUAUAUCUUCACAUUUUUUGCGACUUCACGGCUGUUUGAGAUGUUAUGCUGUGUUCCUUUCCCUUACGUUUUAAAAUAGCCCACAUGUGCUCUAAGGGGUUUAGAUCUGGAGACUCAAUGGAGGCCAAUCUAGUAAAGCGAUGUUAUUGUCUCUAAACCAACGCAUUCUAGUCGCUGAUUUGUUACAAGGAACAUUGUUUUGUUGGAACUCAACUCUAUCUGAAUUAGUGUCGCCAAAAAUAUGCGUUAACGAAGGCAAAAGUACAGUUUCUCUCCAUACGACCCUCGCAUAUGAACAUUUCACCGACACCAUCAGUAGCCAUACAACCCCAGGCCAUUAUUCGCAAUCUGAAUGGAUUCCUCGUGAACCCGUCGCCUCACGAACGUCACAGCAGGUGUUCCAUAUGCCUGUAGGAAAAGAAAAAUAAUCUUUUUAUGAGAUAUGUGUUAUUUCCUCGAAACUGGACUAGGUUAAGAAACUAUGGUUGUAGAUAUUUUAAAAUGAUGUAAACCAAGCCUUCUUGGAAGUUCGAUUCAUCAGACCACAAAACAUUCGAUCAAUCUUCCUCUCUAAAAUGUCUAAAAUGUGGGUAUCGGAGGAGAAACCCGUUCUAAACGCUUUUUCCUAUUUUUUCUGGCUUUGUGUCCUUUUAAACCUGUUUUUAGAAGCUUUCUUAGAGCUGUUCGAGUACUAACAGAUUUUCCAAUUUCUUCCGAAAGGGCACCUACUAACCUUGAGAGACUCGGGCAUCAGUUUUCGGUAUUUCGGAACACUAGUGAGGCGUUUUCUUCCACUUUUUGAUUUAUUAUGAUUGGAUUUUGUCUACGCAAAUCGCGUAAUAGCACAUUCGACCGCGAACAUACCACCAAAUUGGCAAUCUCAACUUGAGACUUCCCUUCUUCACUUAAAACUUGGAACUUCGCUCCUUUUUCGUAACAAAGCUCACUUUUUUUAGGCAUUUCGAUGAAAAAAGAUUAUUAUUUCUAUCCGCUAAAUAUUAAGAUUUACAUCAGCUAUACCGAUUUAAAACUACAUCCGACUUCAAGUACUUUGCCUUUAGACGUUUGUUUUUGUAUUUAUUGUGAGUAAAGGGCGGCGGCGCCUUUACCUGGUACUUAACCGUUUCCUUUGCUUGCUAUUACCCCUCUUUAUAUUAUGAUAUUGUAUUAUCAGUAAUAUUAUUUUAUUAUUAUUAUUUUCUCAUUCUUAGUUCUACGCCAUUAAUCGACUCAAAAACUAUAUUUCCACUUUCAGAGCUCAAUAAUAUGCACAUUUAUUUAAAAAUGAGCUGAGAUUAUUUUAUAGCAAAGAAAAAAUUUCGAAGAAAAAAAAUAUUUCUAAGUCACUCCUUAUAUUCGUAAUCAUUUCCACACAACAAAACUUCAUCACAUUUUUUCCAUUUUAAAUUUUUUUUAAUUACUUGUUAUUUUCUGCUUAUGCACAGAAACUAAUUAAGUGAAUUUUAAAGCAGUUGUAGCAUAUAAAUUUUUAACAUAUUUCUGCUAUUAACUGCUAAAAUCCCCAUCAAGCACGCGAGAGUAAUGGGCAAUAUUCUGAUGUUAAAUUUAAAACCACUUUAGCAAAGAGACUAAGCAUAACUCACUUCUACUACCAAAAUGGGUAAAAAGGAGGAGCUAACAAAAAUUUCCAAUUUAACUUAAAUAUGUAUAUGAUUCGAACUCAUUUUUAUUGCCUAUAAACUGCAUACACUUUUAAAGCUAAUUAAUUUUUUUUUUAUUUUCUUUGUAAUUAAGACAAACAACAAACUAUACCUUAACUAUUUUAAAUUUAAGCUUAGUUUAAAUGCGCUAAAGUGUGGGCGUGUAUGCGUAUUUUUUAUGCUGAGCACUUCAUACAAAAAUGCUGUAAAUUUCGUUUCAUUAAAUUGGUCUAUGUUAGACUGUUCAUUAUGCACAAAAUGAAUACAUAUUUAUUUAUGUUACUUACAUAGUUGUAUACAUCUACGCGUAUUCUUAAUACAAUGGAAAUAAAACUUUACACAUUUUACGCUCUUUUGAACAAAAAACAAAAAAAAAAAAAACAAUUUAAAUGUAGAGUUUUUUUAUUGUAUUCUUCACCUAUUUUUAUUAAUCUGCAGUCUAGUGUUUUAAGUACUAGACAGUUAUGGAUUAAAAUUUGAAAUACCUAUAAAUAAAUGAAUAUUGCAAACAUUCUCUCACUCAUUAACCGCAUCAUCACUGUAUCACUAACUCUCCUUUCAGCUCUUUUACUUACAAACGCUCUCUCUCUCUCUCUCUCUCAGCAAACCACAUAUUUACAUGCUAUACUUAUCGAAGGCAUGAACCUUAAUUGCGAAAAAGGAAAUAAGCAAAGCGGUGCUGUGCAUAUUUUUCUAUACAAAUACAAUAAUAUAUAAGUAGUGUCGAUCCUGUGAAUUACGAGCGGUGGGAGAUUAAUAAAAAAAAUUGUGCUUUGAAGAUAAAUAAAAACAAAUUAAUAAUAUUCUGCUGCAAUAUUUUGUUAUUUUUAUCCUCUGUUAGGCAUAUUGUAAAUUAACAGCUAAAAUGUUGCUGUUCAAAGUCUGUUUCUGUAAUGCUUAGAUUGGUCAUUGGUUU